UGUACAUAAUUAAUUAUUUGAGUAUCGCAUUGUACAAUUCCAAAUUUAUUUCAACUCGGCGACGUCUCUCUGUCUGCUUGUCUGCCUGUUUGCUGUCUACCUGUCGCGCAUAUCUUUGGAGCAUAGUUUGCGUUGCGCACAAAUCACUAACAGUAUUAUGAAUUUCCUCAAAUCAGCAGUCGCGUCUGCUAUUGCCCAAGGGCCACCAUUCCCAUAUACCUUUGGCGACAAAGUGUCAGGCGACUCCGAUGCAUCCAUUUGGACCCUCUACAAUGGCACGCGACACAGUAAUGGAUCCGACUGCAGUAUAUUCUCCUUCAAUAUCACAGCCAAUAGCAGACUCCUCCCGCUUGCCAAAAAUGCUGUCAAGAAGCUACGAACUAUGCGACACCCCGGUGUCAUCUCCGUCCUAGACAUUGUCGAAACCGAUACCUACAUAUAUAUCGCAACCGAAAAGGUGGUGCCAUUAAGAUGGCAAAUCAAAAGAAAGGUUCUUAAUACGGAGACCAUCAAGUGGGGAUUGUAUAGCAUCGCGCGCACCGUCAAAUUCAUUAAUGACGAGGGCUCCUCUAUCCACGGCAAUCUCAAUGUUGGAUCUAUAUAUACAUCUGAGAGCGGCGAAUGGAAGCUAGGCGGAUUUGAAGUCCUGAGCAAUGUGAAGGAUGAAGAAGCUAUAAUAUAUCGUUUUGGUAGCUUGAUGCCCGAUCCUAGGACGUACUCACCACCAGAAGUUGAACGGUCAGGCUGGGACAUCGUAAAGAAAGGGCCACACUCUGCUGUUGACGCCUACAACUUUGGAACUACCAUGUUCGAAAUAUUCAACGGGUCUUUCAUGCCAGACCAGGCAGGACAGACGAAGGGCAUACCCCCCAACGUACAUGUCAGUUACAAGAGACUUGUCCACAAGGAUCCCAAGGCCAGGAUUACAGUAGGAACAUUCUUGGAACAGGGGCGCCGGUCAGGCGGAUUUUUCGACUCUCCCAUAAUUAGACUAACCGAAGGAAUCGAUAACCUUGGAGUCAUAGGGAUUAAAUCCGAGAGUGAGAGGCAAGAGUUUUUGGAUCAACUCGAGCAACAUACCGACGACUAUCCCGAGGAAUUCUUCAAAGUCAAGGUGUUACCUGAGUUAUUGAAAUCAGUCGAGUUUGGCGGUGGCGGCCCCAAGGCAUUUAGUCUAAUUAUGAAAAUCUCCAAGAAGUUAACAGACGAAGACUUUCAGCUCAGAGUUCAGCCUAUGGUUGUUAAGCUAUUUGGAAACCCAGAUAGGGCGAUACGGGUUUGUCUCUUGGAUAAUCUACCGAUUAUGAUUGACCGACUGCCUCAAAAGAUGGUCAAUGACAAGAUCUUCCCCAAUUUAGUUUCUGGUUUCACAGACGUUGCCCCUGUCGUGAGGGAACAGACGUUGAAAUCAAUACUCGUCAUUAUAGCGAAGCUGUCAGAUCGUACAAUCAAUGGCGAGUUAAUCAGGCAUUUAGCCAAGACUGCGAACGAUGAGCAACCUGGGAUCAGAACGAAUACUACCAUAUGUCUUGGCAAGAUAGCUAAGAAUCUUUCGGCAUCGACAAGAGCCAAAGUCUUGACAGCCGCUUUUACUCGGUCAUUGCGCGACCCCUUUGUACAUGCCCGAAAUGCAGCCCUCCUGGCACUAGCAGCCACCCUUGACCAUUUUAGUGACGAUGAAUGUGCCACACGAAUUCUCCCUGCUAUAUGCCCAUCCUUGCUCGACAAGGAGAAAUUAGUGCGAGACCAGGCCAACAAAACGAUGGAAGUCUAUCUGCAGAAGAUUCGCAAAGCAGCAACCAGCAUGCCCGAUACAGUUCAGCCGCCACCUCAGACAACUGAGGCUCCCGGUCCACGUAUGAGCACACCCCAAGCGAGCGAAGCGUCUUCAUGGGCUGGAUGGGCUAUCUCAUCAUUCACUAAUAAGUUGUCCGCGGCCUCCGGGGAAAUGCAAACUUCCGCCAACUACGUAUCGCCGUUCCCAAGUUCAAAACCUACCUCACCACCAUCUACAGGCCUCAACCCCCCUCAACGAACCGUAUCCUCGUCAUCAUCUACCCCUCAGGUGUCUACGCCAGCGUGGAACCCACCACCCGCAGAGACCUACUUCAAGGAUCCUGAACCUACCGAAAAUGACGGCGACGCAUGGGGAGAUAUGGGGGACAUGGACGAUGACGGCAACGCGUUCUUCGAUGCGCCCGCCGAGCGCACCAAGUCUUCCCAGAAAGAGCCAGUCGCAUCGCCGCCUACGCCCUUCGACGACAGCUCCGAACCCGACUUCGCGGGCUGGCUCGCAGCACAGGCGCAGAAGAAGACCGGUCCCGGCGGCGGCAAACCCCUGCCCAAGGGCCUCGCGAAAUCGAACGGCAGAUCAACGCCGACCAGCAAGAAGCCGUUACCUGCGCGGCCAGCGCCCAAACCGGUAGCGCCCAAGAAGAUCGACACGAAGCCUAAAGAAACGGACGAUGAUGACGGGUGGGGCGACGGGUGGUAGAGUUAGGUAGUAUAGGUAUGCCAGUAUCUUUGAGAUAUGAAAGGAAGGGCUUAAGUGGGGCUAGUAGAACGCAGGUAGGUAAUGAAGCAAGACAAAACGAAGGCACGGUGUUUUUCCGGUGUACGGCGUACAGAGCAUCGGUUCAGGAGUGAGGUUCACGCUGCUUCUUCUCCCUACCUAGGUAGGGUUGCCAGCUGCGCUUGUAAUAUAGGUAUGGAUAGUUACGUAACUAUGGAGACCAGAUAUUUCUGGAGCUUGCUGUCUUACCUACUACAUAAGCAAAACACACGUGAACUAGCUGUAUUAAUUAGUAAUAGAUACAUACAUGCAUACUGUCUACCUACCUAGGUUAGGUACGUAGCUCUAUGGAAUAGAAC